AACUCUCCACCCGAACUUCCUCGAAAUAUGCCAGUGAAGGAGAUGGCACGUGCGUCUUGUGGUCGUGAUUUUCACUGUUGUCCAGACAUUAACACGGCAGUAGAGACUGCAUGUAAAUCAGGGUUUGAUUUUGUUUGCUUGCCCAUUGUAAAUCCAAGAUACAAACGAGAAUUUAUUCAUGGACCAGCGAAGAACCGCCCUGGUCCACUUACAAGAUCUGACCUCGCUUUAUCUGGCCAAGACUGGAGUACAUUGAUUGUUGGAAAAACAUCACCAUGGUUACAACUGGACUCGAGAGUGGAAGUCAUCCGCAAGAACUCGGAAGCAGGAUUCAAGCAGGAGCUAGCCUUUGCCAGCCAUCUUGGGCUUCCAGCCAUCUUGAUCCAACUGAAGCAUGGUCGGAAUGCUAACCUGGCCCGAUGUUUGAGUGAACAGCUUCAAGCUGCUUAUUUCCAGCAGCAAUACUGGAUACAGAUCCCAUUAGUGUCUGCCCGUGAUCAGGUGGAGAAUCUGACAGAAGGACAGUUUGAGGAGGAAAAAGAACCACAGGAUGACACCUGGAAAUGGUGGCAUGAGUUCAGGACUUUGUGCGACUCUCACAGAAGAAUUAAUAUUGUGUUAGAGGUUUCAGCCAAUCUGCCUUCAGAGGAAGUACUAGAGAGAUGGUUAGCUGAACCAAUCAAAUGCGCUGUUGUAUCUACCAGUCUCUUUCUGACCAAUAAGAGGGGAUAUCCUGUGUUAUCAAAACCACAUCAAAAUUUCCUUAAAAAACUAUUCAAGCUGGAAAUUCAGAUCAUUUUGAGUGGUGCAGACAGACACCCAGACAAAGGUCUCCACACCUACCAACAAUACCUAGAUCACCUGUGGCAGACGCGGUCCCCACCUGACCCAAUAACCCAGUUUGCCAAGGGAUAUGAGGAUUAUCUACAGAGCCCUUUACAGCCACUGAUGGACAACUUAGAGUCGCAAACAUAUGAAAUAUUUGAGAAGGAUCCAGUCAAGUAUUCCCAGUACCAGAAGGCAGUGUAUUAUGCCCUUCUUGGUAAAAUCAAACCUGAGGAAAAAGAAACAAAGAGUGUUGUUUUGAUGGUGGUUGGGGCAGGUAGGGGACCCCUUGUGAGGGCUUCAAUAGCAGCAUCACAUCAAGCAGACAGAAAAAUCAGGAAGGUCUAUGCCGUGGAGAAAAACCCCAAUGCUGUGGUAACGUUAGAGAACAUGAAGGAUGAGAUGUGGGGGGACCUCGUGGAGGUGGUGUCAUGUGACAUGAGGCUCUGGGAGGCUCCAGAGAAGGCAGACAUCUUGGUCAGUGAAUUGCUUGGGUCGUUUGGAGAUAAUGAACUCUCCCCGGAAUGUCUGGAUGGAGCACAAAGAUUUUUACAAGAUGACGGCAUCAGUAUACCAUGCGAAUAUACAUCUUACAUGUCACCGCUUAUGUCAGAGAAACUGUACAAUGAAGUCAGAGUGUGUAAAGACAACACCAGUUCUAGCAAACCUAUUGAUCACAACUUUGAGACACCAUAUGUUGUUAGACUUCACAAUUGUAAGGAGUUAGCCCCUCCACAAGAAGUCUUCAAAUUCAGACACCCAAAUAGGGAUGCAGUAAUUGACAAUAGCCGCUACGCCUCACUGGAGUUUGACAUUAAUCAGGAUGCAAUCAUCCAUGGCUUUGCUGGUUACUUUGACACUGUUCUCUAUGAUAAUGUAAAACUGAGUAUACAUCCAGAGACCCAUUCUCCAGGCAUGUUUAGCUGGUUCCCAAUUCUGUUUCCCAUCAAGACCCCCGUUUAUGUGAAGAAGGAUGACCGCGUAGUCCUUCACAUCUGGAGAAGCUGUACAGCUAAGAAUGUCUGGUAUGAGUGGACCAUGGUGGAACCAACAGCUCUACCAAUCCACAACCCAAAGGGGCGCUCCUACACCAUAGGACUGUAGGACCCAGUCUAUAUAGCAGACAGUCCUACCGAUCCACAUCCUAUAGGAGUGCUCCUCUACCACAGGACCAUAGAACAUAGUUAAAUAAAGCAGAUAAUCCUACCAAUCCACAUCUCAAAGGAGUGUUCCUGUACCAUAGGACUGUAAAAAUAGUUAACUAAAGCAGACAAUCCUAUACAAUUCCACAUCUCAAAGGAGUGCUUCUCCCUCACAGAACUGUGUAGCUAACAAAAAUCUUUUAGAGAUUGUUCUGUUAGCUACUAGUAUUCUAAAAGAUCUGUUAUUCCGAGAGUUAGCCAUUUAAUACAAUUAAAUACAGUAAAAUUUCAUUUUAUGAUACAUAUUAAAAGAUUAUUAUAAUUUAGAUUGUCUAAGACGUUUUUGUUGUUGAUUUGAUAUUUAGCAUAAACUUGGUAAAACACCCCAUUUAUGAAUAAAAUGUCAUUUACAUAUGUA